AUGGCCGCUUUUCUUCCACCUGGUGUUGUUUUCAUGCCUAAUGAUGAGAUUCUUAUUGGCUAUUACCUUGCCAACAAAAAUAACGAAGAGCUCCAUAUUUUCAAUGGCUCACACAUGAUUAAAGAGAUGAACUUAUAUGACUCUAAUCCCUUCGAAUUGUCUCCCGCGUCAUCCUAUUCAAUCUACAAUGAUAACGUAGUUUUAGGAACUAAAACUCUCUUUGUUUUCUAUCUUGGAAAAUCCCUAAAUGAUUCAGAAAGAACUAAUUGGACUAUGAAUGAAUAUGCUUUGGCAGACAAUCCUCAGGCUGGUUUUGUUCUUUGUAGAAUAUUUGAUUGCCCAAUAAAGAUGGACGUGGAUAAUGAAUUUGGGCCUUUAUCUGAUGUUGAUGAAACUGAUUGUGAUGAAAGUGAUAACGUGCUUGAGAAAUUCGACGUAUGA